UUGCUCCACGUGGCCAAUGACGUAAAGAACUCAGGUCCUGUCUGGGUUCACUGGACUUUCGUCAUGGAGCGCUUUUGCCAUUUUGUGAAGUCAAACAUCCGAUCAUGCCGUCACCCUUGGAGCCAACUCUCACGACAUAUCUUGUAUACUGCAUACUUGAGUCAGCUCCGGACCAAAUUU